AUGACAACCGACGCCUUGCCACCCCAAGUCAAACUGCUACCUGCCACUCCCCAGCUUAAAGGCCUAAUGACUAUUAUCCGUUGCAAGGAUACCCCACGUGCUGAUUUCAUUUUCUAUGCCGAUCGCAUUAUACGAUUGCUGGUGGAAGAAGGUUUAAACCACCUACCAGUGAUUGACAAGGUUGUCGAGACGCCUACUGGGACGGACUACCAAGGCAUUGAUUUUGAAGGUCGUAUCUGUGGCGUGUCCAUUAUGCGUGCAGGAGAAAGCAUGGAGCAAGGCCUCCGUGAUUGCUGCCGGAGCGUGCGUAUUGGCAAGAUAUUGAUCCAACGGGAUGAGGAAACGCACAAACCAAAGUUGUUCUAUGCCAAGCUGCCUAAGGAUAUUGAAUCCAGAUAUGUAUUGCUGUUGGAUCCCAUGCUUGCAACGGGAGGCUCCGCAAUGCAAGCUGUGCAGGUUCUCCUAGAAAACAACGUUCAAGAGGAUCGGAUUACAUUUCUGAAUUUGAUUGCAUCCCCCGAAGGCAUGAAUGCUUUUGUCAAGCGAUAUCCCAAGAUCAAGAUUGUGUGUGCUGAGAUUGAUGAUACACUGGACAAGAACAAGUACAUUGUACCAGGCGUGGGUGAUUUUGGUUGCAGAUAUUUUGGAACGGAUUAA